AAUUCAUUAUAGUGGCGGGAAAAUUUUUGGAGAGGUCGUUACCUCGUGGCUGAGGAAAGGGAACGAAGGCUAAACCACUAGAGAAGACUACCAAACUAUGACAACUUCUGCCCCAGAGAGAGUCCACACGGUUUAAUUUACCCCAGCACCGUGAUGUCUACUGGCAAGAUGGAUAAAAUCUUCACAUUACUUCAGAAGUUCAGACUGGAUAAAUACUACAAGAAAUUCAUUGAUCUUGGGAUUGAAGAAGAACUGGAUUUUUUUGACAGCGUCAAUGAUGUGACCUUAAAAACCAUGGAUUUUUCACAAGCAGAGAGGAACCGGUAUGACAAUAUGAUUGCUUAUCUGCGAAGAAUUGGCAAUGCACCAGUUCCAGAGAUGAAAGGAAUGACUGUAAUGAAGUCACUUAAUUCGUUUCAUAUAUCCUACCGAUUUCCAAAAUGCCCUGGGAUACAAGAGAUCACAGGUAUAGAUCCCUCACAAAAUACAGUGGAGGACCUGAUGUUGCGAAUCUGCCAUGAAAACAAGGUUGACAGAAACAUGUCUGUAUGCCUUUACACUGCUGAUGGUAUGCCUUUGACUGAUGACCCCUUCUUCAACACAUGGUCCUUGAAUGACAGACAUAUUGAAAGUGGGAGUGAACUGUAUGCCAUCUUUACACCAAGAGAAAAUUUAACAGAGUUACCACUGACACAAAGACAGGCCAAAAUCAGAAAUGAAGGACCAAGUGUCAUCCGCUGUCACAUAAUGUUACAGGGAGACUUUGAAAUCAAAGUCAACCUCGAAAGUGAUACACUGAGAGAUGUGACGCUGCGGCUUUCUCUUGAAAGUAGUAUACCAGCACCAGUUCUUCACAUCAGAGGCGAAGAGUAUAAUCAUGUUGACAAACUUAAUGAGCUUGGAAUCACAGAGGAUUCAGUUCUACAGUUCUCUCUGUCAUCAUUUGAUAAUGAGAAACCAAAUCCAAGUCUUUUGUUCCAAAAAGAUGUCAGACCCUCGGUGAAGCAAACAGAGAAAGGCCUUAGUGUUUUUCUGUCAACGCUGUAUGCCAUCAAAUGUAAACACUGUGGAGACGAAUUUAAGAAAGUGGUGGCUUAUAUUAGGAGCCUGACUGGAUGCAAUGCUAUGGGUCAAAGUUUAUUGCAAAUGAUCUGCAGGAACUUGCACGUAACUAGAAUCCAAAAGAUUGCUGUUGUUGAGGGUCUUUACUUUCUUUUCCGAGAGUUGUUACCAGGUCGUAGUGAAACAUCAGGCACAAAGGUCAUUGAAGAUGGGGAUGUUUUUGAAUAUGCAAAUAUUUGCUGGGCAUACUUGAUUGCUCAAGCAGAGAAUGAAAGUCCUGAUCUGGAGACCUAUGCUACAAUUUCUUUGAAAGCUUAUCCUACUGGCCAACGGCUGUGUGAGCCAGUGAGAGUACCAGGGACACCAGAAGUAUUUGACAGGUCAUACAUACUGGAAAAAAUCACAGAUGGUGUGAAAAUUCCAAACUGUGAUGAGGUGAAUCUACUGGAGUCAUCGAUUAAAAGAGCUACAGAUAUCGAGAGAAUUUCGCUUAGUCUUCCGCCAUCAUUUGAUAGGUUUCCAUUUUGGAUCUUUUAUAACAGCACCCCACAAGGUUGCAACUUUCAGAUUGAACGGAAGAAAACAUUUUCAGACAUGUUUGAGGAUGUCAAACGGUACAGUCACCUGAUUGUCACACCACCACUGCAACUGGCAAAUAUGGGAAAUAAGGGUCCUCUGCUGGUGUAUCUCAGUGAAGAUAAUCUAGGUGUUUACGUGAACAAAGUCAAGGGAGAUCAGUUUAAGAUUUGGGUUUACGACUGUCUGUCUGGAAAAGAGACCACAAAAAAUGUGAAAGAUCUGGCUGAAAUACUCAAUGAUACCAGGACUGACAACACUGUUGAAGUCAGUAAAACCCCCAAAGAGGCAAUUGUGGUGCUCUUCGAUUCAAGUUCUUCAAUGAUGGAAGAAUGUUAUGACACUGACAGUCAGAUGAUGCGAAUUGAUGCCGUCAAGCAAAUCUUUGACAGCUUUUCAAACCGGAGCAUGUCAUAUGAUUUUCAGCAUGUCAUCUGCCUUGUGAUGUUUAACGACAAAGUUAAAACCCUUCUUAAAUUCACAGAAAAUUUGGAAGCCUUCAAGGAGCAAGUUCAUGGUAUUGAAGCAUCUGGGUACACAAGGUUAUAUGAUGCACUUGUUCGUGGUAUCUCAGAGCUUGACAAUAUCAAGAAAAGUUUUCCAGCUUGCAGAUGUCGCAUCUUGUGUUUGACAGAUGGAAACGAUAUCAGUUCCAUGAGUAAUCCAGUCACCAUUGCCAGAAAAUUGAUGGCCAGCAAUAUUGUGGUCGAUGCAGUUAUUGUUGGCAUGGCAGAUAACACAGUUUUACAUGGAAUCAGCUAUGUAACAGGUGGAUAUUGCUUUAAGCCUGAGAAUGCAAAAGCUGCCCUAAGGCUUUUUGAGAUGGAAACUGUCUUGUCCAUGGAGCUGAGGGCAGAGAGACGAAGGGUACCAGUCUCUUCCAUAAAAACAGAGGAAGACUUGACCAAAAUUUUUGCCUCCCAUGGCUACGAUGAAAGACCGGAAAUGAAGAUUCCUGCUCAAAUCACUAAGAAAGCGGCCAGGACAGAGAAUGUACUUAAAAAGAAGAUCCAAGAAUGCAAGACAGGCCGCUUCAUGGAGAAAGAUAAACGGAUCAUAGAAGAACUGAAGAGUCUUCACUGUGAUCCCCAUCCAUUUUGUUCUGUGUAUCCCUCAGAAACAGACUUCACAUUUUGGAGGAUUGUCAUGAAAGGACCGGCUAAAACUCCCUAUGAGAAUGGAACCUUUGAGCUGUAUUGUCAGUUUGGUCGUGAUUAUCCAGUGAAACCACCUGUUGUUCGGUUCUAUACUCCUAUCUACCAUUGCAACAUCAACAGUGUGGGAAGGAUUUGCCACAACAUAUUUGAUCGAAACUACUCGGCUGAUGUCACUAUGAGAGAGAUCUUGGAUGCUGUACAUGGACUCCUGAUACUCCCAGAGGCAGAAGAUCCACUGGACAGCAUAUUAGCAGAGGAAUUCCUGACUAGCAAAGAAGUCUACGAGCAAGCAGCUAAAGAUAACACUGCAAUAAACGCAUGUCAGUCCAUGGAAUCCAUUGAAAAGCAAUACAUAGGUGAGAGCAAUGUUCAAGUGCCUCCUCAUCUGGUAUGCCCCUUGUCAGGGAAGAUAUUCGUUGAUCCUGUCAAGGCCAAAGGUGGAUGUGUGUACGAGCGAAGAGCCAUUGAGGAAUAUCUUAAGACGAACAAUAAGGAUCCAGUUACAGGGAAGCCACUUAGCUGCACAGAUCUUAUUCCAGAUAAGAACAUGAAAAAGUCUGUUGUGGAGUAUCGUACAUCCCAGAUUGAGGAAACUGAUCCCUAAAUAAAGUAGAUAUUGCUUUGGCAGUGAUUCAGCUGCACUAUAAUCACACAAUACUCGUAUCUAUAAUAUUCAUUCUCUUUCGAUUGUGGAACCCAACUUUUUACAUCUUCACAUGUAGAAAUGACAAAAUUUCACUGCAUAUUUGGUGCAUUUGUUGUUCAGUUCAUCUUUGUAUAAUGUAUAUCUAAGUUAUAGAGGAGAGUUUAUAAUGGGGAAAAAAAUCUUUGAAUCUCUUUAAUGGACAAAUAAAUAUACUUAAUUUUCGGGGGGGGGGGGGGGGGUUGUUUGUAAGAAAAACUGAGAAAACUAGUGUAUGAGGGAUAGAGUUGCGGUUUCAUUUCACCAAUGUUAUUUAGGUUUAAAGUGUGUUAAAUUUACAUUUUCCAUAUCAACCUGUGAGUCUUGGUUGCUUUGUAUAUAUGCAUUCGGAGGUUCCAAAUAAAGUAUGUAUGCAUGUA